CCCUGCUCCGGGCGGAACAGCCUUCAUUCACCAUGGUGCUCAAACAGUGUCAUUCACGACUUAAACGUGUUGGUGUUGUGAACCACCCAGAGACGCGUUAUGACCUUUCUUUUAGUCCAGACAAAGUUAGCAGCUUCGUGCGAGCGACAGCAAACAUGCAGAGUCUGAGAGCGGCCAACACAUCCGCGUGUGUCCGCUGUCUCCUCUCUCCGUCCGGGGGGAAGAUCGACAACAAGCCGCUGUGGAGAAGCAGCGGAGCGGGACUCAAGAUCAUUCACCUGUCUGCUGGCACACAGACCUCCGCAAGAGAGCUGAGUACCUCCAGCAAAGCCUUCCAGUAUAUAAAACAAGAUGCGCCAAAGUCUGAAGGCGGGAAACGUUUUUUUGAUACACAUGCGGUGGUUCGACUCUUUGAGGAAAAUGGCUUCACGACUCAGCAAGCUGAGGUGAUGGUUCAAGUUCUGGUUACUAUGACAACGUCCAACAUGGAUGUGAUCUAUCAUGACAUGGUAACCAAAGUGGAACAGGAGAUCAUGUUGCAGCGUGUGAUGUCUCAAAUAGCAUCUGUAAAAAAGGACAUGAUAAUCCUUGAGAAGAGUGAGUUCACUACUUUACUGGCAGAAAAUGAGAAACUCAAGAUCCAGUUGUUGCAGCUCAAGGUCACACUGGCUGAUAUCAUGAAUAAAGUACGCUCAGACACUAUUAUGGACAUGAAUUUGGAGAAAAGUCGUGUAAAAGAAUUGAAAGUGGAGCACGAGAAGAAGCUCCUAGAAGCGCGAACUGAGAUUAUGGAAAUGACUGCAGAGCAAGAUCGUCAUUUAACUCAGACUAACAUGAAAAUAGACACUGAAGUGGCUGGUUUGAAAACCAUGUUGGAGUCUCACAAGCUGGAUACAAUAAAAUAUCUUGCAGGCUCAGUGUUCACUUGCCUUACCGUGGUUCUGGGUUUCUAUCGUAUUUGGAUGUAAGCAGCACUAUGAUUAUGAUUUUCAUAUAAUGUCUGGUGAAACUUGAACUUUAAAUGCAACCUCUGAAUCUAAUAACAGAAGCAAAAUAUUUUUAAUGUAGAAGAGGUUGCAUUUGUUGGUGCAAUCUUAUUAUUUCAUUUCAGAAGUAGGAGUUAUGGAAUAAAGGCUCUGCAAACAGAUAACUGGUAGAUGUUUUUAAAAAUAAUUUUGAUUUAAUUGACUUAUUAUUUAGGGCCAGUAUUAUUUGCACUGUCCAUGGUUAAUUGUUUGGCUAUCAGAUCAUAGUUGAUGUAUUUAUUAAAACUUUUGGACAGACCAAUUUGCACUCAGAUGUAAAAUGAGGAAACAUGAAAUUAUUAUUUUUAAAAUUGUGUGUAUUUAUUAUGUAACUGUAUAUAUAUCAAUCUGUAGAGACAAGAUCAGAGGAAGGAUGAGUCAGUGUGACUCUGAACCAUUUUGCUAUAUUAUCACAGAUAUUUAACUUUUAUUUAUCUUUCUGCUUUGUGGUGUAAUACAUGUUUGAACAUGAUUGAUCAACUUUAUUAUUUGACUAAAAUGAAUUGUCAAUAAAUGCAAAUGAUGUGCAAACAA